AUGAGCAGCAACGUCAGACUCCGUAAUUUUACCAGAAAUCCAAAUUACUUAUUAUUAUUAUUAUUAUUAUUAUUAUUAUUAUUAUUAUUAUUAUUAUUAUUAUUAUUAUUAUUAUUAUUAUUAUUAUUAUUAUUAUUAUUAUUAUUAUUAUUAUUAUUAUUAUUAUUAUUAUUAUUAUUAUUAUUAUUAUUAUUAAUAUUAAUAAUAUUAUAUUUAUGA